UUGGGAAUCACGUGGCACGAGAUUGAAGACGCAAUUUCCCUGAGCUCAUUCCCUGGAAACCAAGGAGCUACUGGACAGGAGUGGACAGAGGACACUGGAUACCACUGCAAAAUCAGUCUAGAGGAGGAGCGAGGAACUAGACGGCCAAAAGUUCCACGUGGACACGAUACCUACGCCACGCACCACGACCCAGAUGACUUAACUCCACUUAGCCCUGGUCACUUCCUGGUUGGUCGGCCGCUGACGGCGCCCGCCUGCCCCGACUACAGCGCCACGCCCACGCACCGACUGUCACGAUACCAAAGGCUGGAACAAAUACGACAGCAAUUCUGGUCCCGCUGGGCCAAGGAGUAUGUUUCUGAGUUGCAGGUUCGAGUGAAGUGGUGGCAAAAUAAUACCGACCUUCAACCCAACACAUUGGUCGUCAUAAAAGACGACAACUUGCCGCCGUUGAAAUGGCAAAUGGGCCGCGUGGAGAAGACCUUCCCAGGCAAAGACGGGAUCUCGAGGGUGGCCGACAUCCGUACGUCCUCAGGCACCCUCAGACGACCGUACACGAAGAUUUGUCCUCUUUCAGCUGAUGGCCAUGAUACUUAAUUACCUAAAAUUUCAUUGAAACUGGAUCAUUUCAAGGCCGGGGGCAUGUUGAAGACGCACGCACACAUGCAUAUGACCUAUAGACGACGCACACAACUACAGAUGGUCAUCAACCAAUCACACGGCGCCGCGAUGUCGUGAUAAAUCAUUUCAUUGGCUAUUUACAUGUUCCCUUCCCCUUGUCCUCGAUCUAUGUAACCAAAAAUUAUUAAUAUACUACCUGUUUGAGUUUUGAACGAUAAA